AUGAGCACAGCAGCAUCGGUGGCUGGGGACCGUGCGCAUGGAGGCGAUACAUCCCUGGCAAGCGAGCGCGAUCGGCUACGGCUGAACCUGCUUACUGUGAAUGCCGAAAUCUGGACUAGCGGCCCUAGCGCCGCACCCACAUCGCUGGAUUCGUCGCUGAAGCGCAACUCGACCUUUAUCAAACGCGUGCGUCAAGGCAAUAUUGGCGACGGAAAAGACGCGCUCCUGCGCGAUGUAGACGCACUCAACCUCGGCAAGUAUCUCGACGAGCUCGUGCCUAGCCUGCCGGAGCUGCUUUGGCGAAGCACGACGGUAAAAGACCGCCUCGCAGCGAUCGAAUUAAUCUCGGCGCUCCAUCGGCGGUACGGCACCGAGGCGUUUACUGUGCCGCUGAGUGAGGGCGUCGCGGCGCAAUUGAUACCCCCUAACCAAGCCGCGCUGCAGGAGCUCUCGACGGAGCAGCGCGAAAGAGACGAGUCCACACGGAUCGCUCGGCAACGCGUAUUGGUGCGCGGCGCGACCGAGCUCGCGCUGACCGGCCUCGCAGGCGCCGGUGUGCAGGAGCUUGGCGUGGAGCCCGUGGCGGCGAUGGGACACGACUGGCUGUAUACCACCCUGCGUACUUUGUUGGCAACCGACCGCGAUCAUGCCAAUGUCGGCAUCCUCGUCCAUGUGCUCAAGUCAUUCAGUGCACACCUUCUUGCGCCUGCGCCACUGCACGAGGCUGGCGAAAGCUUCGAGGCCGAGAAAGACGAGCAGACGUCGCUGGUAUCGCCCACGGCCAAGGCCCGAUUCCGAAAGCUGUUUGAGACGUACUAUGCGACGUUCGCACGGCGCAUCCAGCGCGACCACGAUCGUCUUUUGCGGCAGGAAGAGCGGAAUCGUGACGCGUACAUUCGCUCGGGCGAAGUGUUUGAGGACCGCCAGCAGACCUUUGACCGCCAGUCGAAAGAGCUGGAAAAGCUGAACGAGGCGGCCAAGACGCUGUCCGAGUACCUUUCGGUCAAGCUUCCCGAGCUCGCUGGAGCGAGCAAGAUGCAAGGGACGCGCCUCGGCGUGAACCUCGAUGCAAAGUCAACGCUCGCCGAGAUGGGCGCCAAGAUCGAGCAGGAGCUCGCAUCGGGCCAGAGCCCGUGGGAGGACGAGGAGACGCGCUUCUUUUACACGGACGUGUGCGACCUAAAAGAGAUUGUUCCUGCCAGCCUGCUCAAGGAUAGCAGCGCGGCGCCGGCCGAUACCGACGCCGAGACGAGCGACGCGGUGAACGCACCGGCACAGGUACAGGCGCUCCUCGCGCGCCUCCCCAGCCUCGCGAGCCGCACCAUGAUUGACGAGGCGGCGGUUGAGCUCGCUUUGUGCAACACGCGCACGAUGCGUGUGCGUCUGGUGAAGAGCUUGCUGGCUGUGCCCCGUGAGCGCCGCGAUCUGCUUCCGUACUAUGCGCGCCUCGCUGCAACGGUGCAUCCAUAUAUGCCCGAUGUGACGAGCGGCCUGCUCUCGGGGCUCGAUGCCGAGUUCCGCCAGCUGCACCGCCGGCGCUCGAACGACACCGGCACGGCGCUUGCGCGUGCGCGCAACAUUGUGUUCCUCGGCGAGUUGGUCAAGUUUGGCAUCGUGGCCGAGCACACCAUCUUUUUCUGUCUCAAGACGCUUGUCGACGACUUUAGUGCGCCUGCGAUCGAGGUGCUGGCGACCUUUUUGGAGACCUGUGGUCGGUACCUAGUGCGGACCCCUGCCACAGCCGAGCGGAUGCACGGCGUGCUGCAGCUGGUGCAGCGCAAGCGGAGUGCGCACCAUAUGGACUCGCGUGUUGCGCUGCUCCUCGACAAUGCGUACUACCAGUGCAUUCCGCCCCCACGUGUCGCGAUCCAGCGCGAAGAGCAGUCGGUGCUGCAGCAGUUUAUUGUGCAUCUCUUUGGUACAAUGCUGUCCAAGAACUCGGUUGACCGCGUGACGCAGCUCCUUCGCCGCCUUGACUGGGAGGACGAGGAGGUGCGUGCGUCGCUCUUUGCGCGCUUUACACGUCCGUGGGAGCUCAAGUUUCAUCUUGUCCAUUUGCUUGCGCACAUGAUGCGUGCGUUAUACCCCAUGCAUACCAACUUCUUUGUCCCUGUACUGGACCAUGUCUGUGAGGCGAUCCACCAAGGGCUCGAGCACAAUCACUACCAAGAGAACCAGCGGCGCAUCGCCUUGGUGUACUAUCUUGGCGAGCUGUACAACUACCGCGUGGUGAACAGCAACGUGAUUAUGGAUCACCUGUGGCUCUUUUGCAUGGAUCGUACUGCGGACGGCCCACAGGACUAUUUCCGGAUCGGGCUCGUGUGCACGCUGCUGGAUGCGUGUGGCGCGUGCUUCGACACGGGCCUUGCGCGCCGGCGCAUGGACGAGUUCCUGGUCGUGUUCCGCCUGUAUGUGCAUCGCAAGGCCAAGCCGCUGCCCGCGGACAUGGCGUACCAGCUGCGCCACACGCUCGAGUCAUUGCGCCCCAAGCUCGUGUGGCGCGAGAAGGAAGAGGAGGCGGUCGAGCGCAAGUUCGAGACGAUCCUCCCCUUCUACCAGCGCCGCCUGCUAAAGACCGUUGCCGAGGGUACGGCCAAAGAAGAGAGCGACGACGAAGAGAGCGAUAGCUUUUCCGACGACGAAGACGGCCCCCGCCGCCGGCGCCGGGGCAGCGACGCCGAGGCCCCUAUGCAGUCCGCGGAGGACAUCGAGGCCCAAGAGCGCGAGCGCCAGGCCGCGCAGGACCGUGAGGCGGAGCUCGAGCUGGACAAUGAGCUUGCACAGCUCAUGGCAGAGAGCAGCACCGGUUCCGGCGGUGCGAUGCCCGCGCCUCUGCCGCAGCAAGGCUUUAUGCAAGCGCCCAAGCCGAGCGAUGCGUCGAGCGACUACAUGGUCUUUUCGUUGCUCUCCCGCCGUGGCAACCGGCCGCAGAGCCAGGAUGUGCACGUUCCCUCGGACAAUGCUCUGUCGGUGCACACCCGGCAGCAGCUCGAGGAAGAGGCCAAGGAGCGUCGGCAGCUCAAAGCGUACGUACUGGCCUACCGGGAUCGCGAGCUACAGGACUAG